UCCGUGACGUCAGCACAGCAGGGUGUAGCACGUAGGACACCAAAGGUUUGUGGACACGGCACAAGGUGGUCACAGCUUCUGAACAAACUGAGAGAAAUUCUACCUAUCAAAGCUCCGUAUAUCUGUGCGAGAAACGUCUGGACGUGGAAGAUAGAACCAUGACAGAUGUCAUAGUCAACGGGAGCAUAGAAGAAGAGACGGGGGAGAAAAGCCCGCCAAACGGUCACCGACCGUUCCGGAAGGGUUCCAACCCACUGAACCAGACACAACGUGGCCGACUGCAGCACAGGCGGAGCGUGCUCAACACACAGAUCAACAAGGAGAUGAGGAUGAGAGCCGGUGCCGAGAACCUGUACAGAGCAUGUAACAGUAGGAAGAUGAAGGAGACCGUAGCGCUGGAACUCAGCUUCGUCAACUCCAACCUGCAGCUGCUGAAGGAGGAGCUGUCCGACCUCAACAGUUCUGUGGAGGUGUACCAGAGUGACAGCGAAAGCAGAGCAACUCCCAUGAUCCCGCUGGGGCUGAAGGAGACCAAAGAUGUGGACUUUAAUGUACCUUUCAAGGAUUUUAUCCUGGAACACUACAGUGAGGACAGCAGUGAGUACGAUGGAGAACUGAAGGAACUGCACGACCUAAGAAGGGCUAUGCGGACUCCUGAGCGAGACGAGGCAGGGAUAGAACUACUGAUGGAGUAUUACAACCAGCUGUACUAUGUAGAGAAGAGAUUCUUCCCUCCAAACAGACAUCUGGGCAUCUACUUUCACUGGUUUGACUCUCUGACAGGAGUGCCGUCCAGCCAGCGUACGGUAGCCUUCGAGAAGGGUAGUGUGCUCUUCAACAUCGGCGCCCUCUACACACAGAUUGGGGCAAAGCAGGACAGAACCAAGAAGGACGGAAUCAACGCUGCAAUCGAUGCUUUCCAGAAAGCAGCAGGUGGGACAAUAAGGGCCCUGAUCAAGCUGAUGCUGGCCCAGGUGCAGGAGUGUGUUGAGAGAAAAGUGUUGGACGGGUGGGAGGAGAACCUCACCAACUGUCUCACUGUGGCUCAGGAGUCCGCAAAGGUGUCUGAAGCCUACAGCAUGGUUCACAAGGCCAUGAACACGCCUCCUGUCAAGGACUAUGUGCCGUUCUCCUGGAUCUCCAUGGUGUUGGUCAAGUCCGAGCACUUCAAGGCACAGUCCCACUACCUGGCAGCUGUAGGCUUCAUCGACCAGAAAGGUGAUAAUGACGAGGAUGAGCUGGAGAAGCUGCUGUCCCAGGUGCACCUGAGGGAUGCUGACAGCCCCUCCACACUGGCUACAGACAGGGAGGACAGGAAACAGCUGGGUAAAGCCCACCUGCGUGAAGCCCUGAUCCUACACGAGGACGCCCUGAGAGUCCACCGGAUGUGUAAGAAGCUGCGUCAGAUCGACACCCUGGGCACCAUCCUGAAGGAGGCCCACAACAAGUCCAUGACCAAAUAUAGCGAUGUGGAGGAGGAGGAUGAGUUCUACGAUGAGGUCAUCGCUCCGAGGAUACAGCCUAAAACCCACCAAAGACCAGAGAUCAAACCUCCCAACUUUGCAAACGUCAAAGUAGUGGACAUUUUCCACAGACUGGGCCCUCUUGCAGUGUUCUCAGCCAGGAACCAGUGGAGCGUGCCCAGGACAUGCUCGAUGGAGAAGGGCGAACAGGGCUUUGGGUUCGUACUUAGAGGAGACUCACCAGUCAUCGUAGCAGAGGUGGAACCUGGCAGCAAAGCUGCGCAAGGUGGCGUGAAGCCUGGUGACUUCAUUGUGGCAGUCGAUGGUCGCAACGUGAAGUGGGGAAAGCACCACGAGGUCAUUAACCUCAUCCUCAGCUGCGGAGAGCAGGUCAGCAUGCAGGUCGUGACCCCACAGGGUCGUGACUACCUGCACCCUCAGCUGAGCAAUGAACAGAACGGCCGAUCCAGCAGCCUUAGUCAGCGCGAGAUGAUGAGAAAGGAGAGCUCCCCGACCACGUCCGAGACGGGUUCCACCAACAGCAAGCGCUUCAGCUGGGGCUUCCGCAGGAGGGAGAAGUCACACAGCCAGCUGUCGGCACACUCCCGCGCUCAGAUCAACUCCCAAAGGGAAAGCUGCAUGUGGUAGUCAAGAUAGACAGUCUCACUUGCCAUUUCAUAGCUGACCACCCCCGUUAUGAAGUGAGGAAGUCCAAAAAAGUUUUUAACUAAAGUAUACCCUCCAUGAAGUUAAAAAUAGGGGUUUAUCAAUGGAGCGACCUUCAUUGGCCCAUGGUACUUUUACUAUUAGUAUGUCCCCAAUUAUGGUAUUUAUGCAACAAAGAUUCGGAAGGACUAUUCCACUUCAGUUACAAACGGGGGUGUUCAGAUAAGGUGAACUUUUUAUCUAGUUUUCCUAGAAAAGACUGCUAAUAGUUAAAUCAUAGGAAUCAUAGAAUGAAAUGCCAAGACGAAGUGUGGUGUCCAGGAAAAAAGAAGACUGCUUAUUUGUAGAAGACUAUGGCUCCAGAUUUUAACAGUGAAAUAAGUAUUGUAUGUAUUUGUACAGGUUCCGAUCUUGUAACAGACUUCUAUAUUGCGUCAAUGCUCAAACCCUUGCCUUACAAAUAGUGGUAGCUCUUGUAAUGUUUAUCAAGUAAUGUAUGAACCAGUUCAGCUCUUUAUGGCUUAUGUUUCUUUAUGGCUGUCCAACAUCUCUGAAAGAUAGGUUGAUGCAUAGGUUCCUUUGCCAAUGAAUUUGCAUGACAAAUAGAGAAGACAUGGACAUUGACACUGUCCAUAUCAUUCUGCAAAACACAGGGUUUAUGUAAAAUAGGGUUUAUGUAUUUCCAACUGAGAGCUGGCUCUGAGGAAAGAAAACAACAUGGGAAGCUGCUAACAUUAUCCUACAACUAAUCAACUUGAUAGGACAUGUACAGAUUGUUAGUUUGCACAGUCUAGCUGAGAUAAGUCAUGAUUUUGAACAGUUUGUAUCUAACUUAUUAUGUCUCUGAAUGUGGAGGAAACUGCAUUUUAAUGUAUGAUAGUGUCAGCGAGUAACUAUGCAACUUUCUACAGAUUUUAAAGGUUAGAAGUGUUUGUAGGCUUAAUACACUAUACUGCACAACAUACAAUAUCUUUCUAUCAUAAUAGCCAGUUGGCUUGUGAGAUAGCAUGUUAGUUGAAAUAUCCAAUCAAAAUGAAUGUUUUGAAGAUGGUCUGGUCUGUUUCUGACAUGCACUUCUGACUUAAGUCACUUGAUGGCGCUCUUGUCCGCUAAGGUUGAUGUUGGCACCAACAUGACAAACGACAAACAGAUUAGAUAUAUAGUAGCUUGAUGAGAUGACAAACAACUCUUUCACUCUAUCACAAUAGCUGAUUUGCCAGCAAAGGUGAUUUUUUUGUGUUAAACAUACAACAAAUAGCAAGAGGAUAGAUAUCUACUAAGCUUGCCAAAAAAAACGGUUACUCAAGCAACUGGAUGUGAUUUUGGUUUCUUUUUCGCAUAUCUUAUUAUCUGAAUGUCUAACCUUCAUCAACAUACUCUAUUAAAGCUUGAAGCUGGAUGUAGGCAAGGACCUACUUUAUAUAGGAAAUUGAAGAGAAUAUUUUGUAUUUACAAAGAUGCAGACAGUGGUAUAUUUUCAUGAGCAAUGAUGACUGUUCCAAAAUCUUGCCAGUUUUUAUACCUACAAUCACAGCCAUAGUGGAAGCGACCGCUUUUGCAUGUCUAGGUGGCCAUUGUUAGGCUAGUGGACACAAGACUGAGAAGUCAAUUGUUUAAUUCCUGACUAGACAUUGUGUCCUUGGGAAAAUGGACGUGACUAUUAAAAUGCAAUGGAGGGAGGUAAAGUUUUAAAAGACUUGUAAGAACAUGGAAGAGUUUAAUUGAGAUUGACCAAGUAGUUGUUUUGAUCGAACAAAGAAAAAGUCAUUGUUACUAGUAUAUGUUCACAUGUGUCAUAACACAGUUCUUAGCAUGGACCUCUUUUAACUUGAGUUCAUAAAUACAUGUCUAAACAUGCAGAGAAAAUAUUGUUGUCAUUCUAAAGCUAAAUUUCUUCAUGACAGUGUUACAUGCCAAGACAAUGCUUACCAUUAGUUCCAGUAAAAUCUAUAAAACACCCACAAAAUCUUCGUACCAGCAUUAUAAUGUACAAAUAGUGAUAUUUUGUAUCUUUCUGAUUCCUUUAGAGAGUUAUUAAUGUAAGAGAUUGUUUUAACUUAGGUAUUUAUGAAUAGUAGAAUAUUUUGGAUACGACUCGAGUAUUCAUAAUUUUUGGCUAAGACUUAAUGUGCAAGAAUAAGGAAAACCUUACAAGUUCUGUAUGUAAUGUAUUACCAAAAGUAUUAUACUUGCAACAGUGAUUUGUAUAUAUUAAUGAUAAGCAAGAGGUGGUUACCAUACCGUGUAUUUUACAAGAUGGAAAAAAAGGAGUAAGGAAGGAGCAGAUAUGGCUCUGUCUAUUUGCACUGGCUGAACAAUACAAAAUAACAGUUCAAAACUGUGGGUUGUUAUGUAUUAUAUCCAUGCUGUAUACCACAAGUUUCAUAUUUACCAGUAAAACGUGUACAUCUGUUAAGAAUGCAUUAUGUCAUAUUUAAAGUUGUAAUUAUUCAGAAGAUAUGGAGCACUCAAUAAAGUAUUAAGAAAAUGAAA